CAGUACAUCCGUGCCGCGUCUUUUCACCGUUUCACCACGUACGGCACUUGGGACCUGACAAGUGGCCCAUGCUUUUAGCCUUGUUCCCUUUGUUGCUGGGGCAGAUUCAAUCAACCGAAAAACCGCGUCUCACUGUGUUGAUGCCGUUCAGAGCCUCACCAGUACCAUUUACAGAAAACCAAAACGCGUUCCAACAGCAUCGCCGCUUCUAUUGGUCUCCAAGCCCGUCAGGGCGCAUCUAAGCUGCCUAGGUACUUACCCAACGAUGGCGCCGUACAUUCUACACAACGUCCCAGAUGAGGAGCUUUAUGUUGGCGACGACGGCAUUCAAAGACCGUACGCCGUGGUCUUCCCACAGCAAGACGGAUCCCUCCGAUCAAGGAAGAUGACCCACGAGACAGGCUCGUUCGGCAAGUCGACGCGGCGCACGAGGUCGAAAACCGCCACGCCAGCGAAGAGAGAGGACCCAACGAUAGCAGCCGCGGAUAAAGUGUUUAGCAGUUGGAUUGCGAGCCAAAACCAGACCCAGAAUACAGCUCAGACUAUCACGCCGGCGACGCAACGAAGACCAAACCUUAUUCCCUCCACCUCGACCCAGAAUCUCUCCCAGGCGCAUGAGGAAAUCGCGGCCGCCUCGCAAACACGGUUCAACAAGCAGCAAGCGCCUACGGAAGUGAUUCUUCGCGGCUACCGCUCUUCGCAGCAACAAUAUGCCGCCCUCAACCACUACGAGCAGCUCGCCGGCAGGAUAUGCGAAGACUAUCCGCGCGAGCCCCCCGUAGAGAACCGGCGCUACAAGUCCGAUCUACGCGACCCAGCCUUCACUCGCCGGCGGCCUCUAACGCCCGAGGAGCGCGCAAAGGUCAACAGAGCAGACAGUGGCGAACACUGGGUGAAGGUAACAUUCGAGUCUGCCGAGGCUGCGGACGCCGCCAUCUUCGCCUCGCCGCAAAAGAUCCUCGGCCAUCUCGUCUACGCCGAGCCGUAUCACGGCAUCCCUCCUUCCCGGGACGAAGCCGUGCCCGACCCAGCCACCAUGGCAACCGGGCUGCGCAGAACAUCAUCGCUGAGGCGACACUCCAGGACGCAGUCCGCGGCAGGCAUGCAACACCCCGGCAGCGCUGACUUAUCGCCUCCGCACUCGCAACUCUCAUCCACACUGACGGCCGAUACCAUGGCUAUGGAUAGCCCCACCGCCUCCUCAGGCACAGUGACGGCCGGGGACGGUAACGGCGCUGCGCCGACGACACAGGAGCACCGCGACGACGAAUUCUGCAGGGUCAUACCCACCGUACGAAAGGCUAAGCUCCUUCCCAUGGAACAGGCCCUGCUGCCUGCUCCCUCAUUUUCGCAGCGCAUCAUGAACCAUAUCCCGUUCUUGAGGUGGUUUAGCGGUGCGAUGAUCGGGAGCGAGGUGCCUCGAACCGAAACGGGCGAGUUCGACUGGAACAAGGCAAGCCUGUACUGGAAGCUCAUGUGGUGGCUGGACUUCUUGCUGGGGCUGUUUGGAGGAGAGAUUCGGGACGUUGAUAAGGAUGACUGAAAAAGGGGGCUGAUCCCGAUGUCUGUUCUGUGCAUCGUGUGGCGUUGCUCCUCCCGAGAAAUGCGGCCUAGAACCAUAUGUAUUUUGCUGGAAGGGCGGUGGCAAGCGUUAGCAUUUCCAGGCGUACGUUGUUUUAGAAGUGGCGGGACAAUGAAACUCAUGUCUCAU